AUGGCCGCCCCCGCCGCGCUGGGCGGCCGCUCCCGGCCCGACCCGGUGGAGACGCUGCAGGAGGAGGCGAUUUGCGCCAUCUGCCUCGACUACUUCGCCGACCCGGUGUCCAUCGGCUGCGGGCACAACUUCUGCCGCGGCUGCAUCUCGCGGCUGUGGGCCCGCGGCGGCGCCGAGCCUCCACACGGGCGGCCCCGAGCUGGAGGAAGGAGGAGGAGGGAGGAGGAGGAGGAAGAGCUGGAGGAAGACGAGCUGGACGUGGAGCAGGAGGAGGAGGAGGAGGGCGUGGAGGAGGAGGAGGAGGACGACGACAUGUGGGAGGAUGAGGAGGAGGAGGAGGACGCCGAGCUGUGGGAGGACCCCGCUGAGGAGGAGGGAGGAGGAGGAGAAGAAGAGGAGGAAGAAGAAACCACAACCUGGGGUGGGGGCGCGCAGGGCGGGCUUUACUUCGGCGAUGAGGAUUAUGAUGAGGACGUGAUGGAGGAGGAGGUGGAAGAGGAAGAAGAAGCAGAGGAAGAAGAGGAGGAUGAGGAAGACCACCCACCCCCUCCCUCCGCUCCAACACGCCGCCCCGCCGUUUUCACCUGCCCGCAGUGCCGCAAAACCUUCCUGCAGCGCAGCUUCCGACCCAACCUGCAGCUCGCCAACAUGGUGCAGAUCAUCCGGCAGCUCCACCCGCGCCCGCAGCGCCCCGCGGGGCCCGCAGCCACCCCCGGAGCCGCCCGGGGCCCCCCCGAGCUCUGCGAGAAGCACCAGGAGCCGCUGAAGCUCUUCUGCGAGGUGGACGAGGCGGCGAUCUGCGUGGUGUGCCGCGCCCGCGGGCACAAGCACCACAGCGUGGUGCCGCUCGACGAGGUGGUGCAGGACUGCAAGAACAAGCUGCAGAGCCACCUGGAGCCGCUGAGGAAGCAGCUGGAGGCCGUGCUGAAGCAGAAAUCCAGCGAGGAGGAGAAGAUCUCCGUGCUGAGGGAGCAGAUGCAGGCGGAGAUGCAGGAGCUGGAGGCGGAUUUCGAGGUGCUGCACCGCUUCCUGGCGGGGGAGCAGGUGCUGCUGCUGCGGCAGCUGCAGGAGCGCCACGAGGCGCGGCUGGCGCGGCAGCGCCGCAACCUGGGCGCGCUGGGACGCGGCGCGGCGCUGCGGCGCCUCAUCGCCGACGCCGAGGCCGCGGGGCGCCAGGACGGGCUGCAGCUGCUCAGGGACAUCAAGGGCACCUUCAUCAGGUGUGAGAACAUCAAAUUCCAGGAGCCCGAGAUGGUUCCCGUGGACGUGGGGAAGAAAUUCCGGAAUUGUUUCCUGCAGGACGUGGUGAUGAGGAAAAUGGAAAAGGUGUUCAGCAAAGUGCCCAAGGCCGACGUGACCCUGGACCCCUCCACCCCACGCCCACCCCCUCAGCCUCUCCUUGACCGCCGCAGCGUCCGUCUGUCCGAGCGCCGCCCGGACCCCUCCCGCGCCCGCCGCCCGGACAGCGGCGCCGACCUCUGCGUGCUGGGCGCGCCCGGCUUCGCCUCCGGCCGCCACUACUGGGAGGUGGGUGGCGGGCGGCGCGGCUGGGCCGUGGGGGCGGCGCGGGAGACCCCCCGGCCCGCCCGGCACAAGGGGGGAGCCCGGCGCGAGAUCUGGGCCGUGGGCACCGCGGGCAAGAAGUACCACGCUGUCGGCAGCGAGCAGACGGCGCUGGCGCCCGGCGAGCAGCCCCGGCGCUUCGGCGUCUACCUGGACCACGAGCGCGGGCAGCUGUGCUUCUACAACGCCGAGAGCAUGAGCCACAUCCACACCUUCCACAUCUGCUGCCGCGAGCGCGUUCCCUUCUUCCGCGUGCUGGCCAAGGGCACCCGCAUCAAGAUCUGCACCUGA